AUGUCUCUCCUUCUUUCAGGCAUCUUCUACCUGGCGUCUUUCGUGCCACGGAUAUUGGAUCCAUCCGCUCCAGUUAGUAACAGUGGCGAGCCAGAUGUUGGAGGACAGUCUUUCGACUACAUUGUCGUUGGUGGCGGUUUGACUGGCCUAACAGUUGCUAACCGCCUGAGUGAAGACUCAAGCCGCACCGUGCUUGUAAUCGAGAAUGGGUUCAUGGUCGACGAUGUAACCACACAAGUACCUAGCUUUGCAAACAGCAUCAACUCAGCUCUAAUGUACGACAUCACGUCGGCAUAUGAUACUAAUACAGGCGGCACACACCCUGUCUGGGUAGGCAAUGUCGUUGGUGGUGGGUCUGUGGUCAACGGCAUGGCCUUUGACCGAGCAUCCGCCGCCGACUAUAAUGCCUGGGAGCAACUUGGUAACAGCGGCUGGAACUUCAACAAUUUGUUAUAUUACUUCAAGAAGUCGACUACCUUUACACCACCCACGGCAUCUAACGUCAAAGAAUUUGGGACUACCUAUGACGCCUCCUACUAUGGUACAAACGGUCCGAUCCAAGCAUCCUUCCCCAACUUUGAGUACCAAGAUACGAAGACCAUUUGGGCAGCAUACAAGCGUGAAGGUGUACCCUUGCCAAAGGAACAUGCUUCUGGAAAUGCAGUAGGCGCUUUCUGGAUACCCACUGCCCUGCGGCCCAAGACGCAAACCCGAUCUCACGCAAAGAACGAAUACUACGAUCCCGUCAAGACCCGCAGGAACCUCGUUCUCAUCACCGGACAGACGGUCAACGAGAUCUUGUUUAACAAAGGCCUGCUUACAGGAUACACGGCAAACGGCGUGCAGUACAAAUCUCGUUCAGAUGGCUCAGUCAAGCGAGUCUACGCAAAACGCGAAGUCAUCAUGGCUGCCGGCUCAAUCUUCACACCACAACUACUCCAACUCAGCGGCCUUGGUCCCAGAAACGUGCUCCAAGCUGCCGGCAUCACCGUCAAGAAAGACAUGCCCGCCGUCGGCGCCAACAUGCAAGACCACCCAAACGCCAACAUGGUCUUUGACCUCCAGAAUCUUUCCUUCCCAAGCAUCUACAGCGGAGCAGACCCCACAUACAACGCCACGGUAUGGUCAGAGUACGACACGAGCCGGAACGGCCCUCUCACACAAGCGCACGGCAGCAGCUUAGCGUUCCUCAGCCUACAGACCGUCUCCGACAAGUGGUCUUCCAUUGUUGCAAGCGUAAAGUCGCAAAAUGCGCGCAGCUACCUCCCCUCCGUCUACGACGACGCUUCUCUGCUCCGCGGCUUCACCAAGCAACGCGACCUCAUCGCCAGUCUCCACGGCAGCCCCGAUGCCGCCGUCGGCGAGUUCCCCAUGGUCCCCUUUGGUCUCGCCAUCAGCGCGCUGCAACGCCCCCUGUCCCGCGGCACCGUCACACUCAAUCCCAGCAACAAAUACGGCAACCCCGUCGUCCAAUUCAACUCGCUGCAGAACCCCGUCGACCGCCAGAUCAUUGUGGAAAUGGUUCGCUGGACGCGUAAGCACUGGGCAAAUCCGGAGCUGAAGAAGUUUUCCCCCGUUGAACUUACACCCGGAUCACAGGCACAGACUGACGACGAGAUUAUCAAUGAUCUUGUCAGUCAGAAGGCGCUGCAGGCGUCUUUUGCACACAUGUCGGGUAGCUGUGCGAUGAUGCCCGAGGCUUAUGGGGGUUGUGUUGGUAGUGAUCUCGCCGUGUAUGGGGUCAAGGGCCUUAGUAUCGUGGACGCUAGUAUCAUUCCUUUGAUUCCGGCUACCCACUUGCAAGCCACCAUGUACGCGGUUGCGGAAAAGGCGGCCGAUUUGAUCAAAGCCAGAAACACUUUCAACAUUCUCAACCCGUUUAGUCUCCCGACUGUCAGUACGCCUUCCAUCUUUGGGGGGCUUGGAAAUCUCUUUCGGUCUGGAAGGAAUAGGAGAUUUUGA